AUGCCUUAUAGAGGGUUAUGGAGUUAUGGGGAUUGUAAAGAGUCAGAGCUACUGCUCAGGACGGUUAAGGAUAUAUGCAAAGCUACUAGUUUUGUGGAGGAAGAAACAUUCAAGCUUUCUGAAUAUGAAACAGAGAUGCGAUGUUUACUUGAUGAACGAGCUCUUAUUCUAAGCCACUUGCGUAGCAUUGAUCAGGAUAUAUCCGCGUUGGGAACAAUAAUGCGUCAAGCCUGGUCGGAUCGAGAAAAAAAUGUUUCUCACACCCAAAAGCUAUAUAGUGAAUAUGAUAAACUUUUAAGUAGUGUAAAUAACCAUAGGAAACGCUUGCAGAUAAUACCUCUUCAAAAUCAGUACAAAGCAAAUGAGACAUUGUGGAGUUAUAAGAAUCUAACCGGAAUUACAGGAAAUGAAAUAAACGUGUCAGGUGUUGAUUUAUGUGGAAGUUAUUUGGAUCAAAAACAGUCUAUUUCAAUUAGUGAACGUGAAAAUCAGCCUAAACCAAAUGAAAUGAUCCAAAGCAAGACCAAGUUACUACAGAAGUCGGAAACAAAGACAAACAGCAAAGGUUCCAAGGAAGUGCAGACUUCAAUGUGGGAUUCAUGCAACAACCAUGAAACACGAAUUCUUUCUAGUGAGACACCAGUGACGGCCAUUUUUACUUCAUUCACCACGGAAGCAGCAACUACUAGAAAUGACAAUCAAAGGUGUGAUGCUGACUCAUUUUAUAACGAAGAAAGAGGGAAGUGCGAACGUGGCAACCUGCCGUUGUCUAACAAUGAACCUUUUCAGGUUAAUUUCCGCAGUCAUGCAGGUGUAUCUGACUGUAAUUUGGACCAUAUUAGUUCAGAGUCUCCAUCAACAUCUAUUCAAAACCAAAUGAGAUCAGUCAGUGUAGAUUUCAGCCAAUCACUACUCCAUCCAAAUGAAUCUCAGCUUAUCGCACAAUGCCCACCAAUGAAAACAUGUCAAGCAUGCCAGCAGUUAAUCCACCGAAAUGCUCCAAUAUGCCCUUUGUGCAAAACCAAAAGCAGGUCAAGACACCCGAAAAAGCCGAAAUCACGUCCCAACACGCAGGUUACUGACAUACCAGAUUCUACAAGCAUUUUCCUGGCAUCGGAUGCAGUACGUGAUCGCAAUGAAUAAGGUGCUAAUGUGAUUGGUUACUAAAUAUUUUCGGUCUUAUCUUCUACGAUUUCCUUAAUUGCAUUUUACCUUAUACGUCACAUAAUAAUCACGA